AUGAUUCACCUGAGUAUUGCAAAGGAGGACUCUGUAGAGAACUGUCCCCCUGCUGACAGUCCAUCCCUUGAUGGGUCGUUCAUCUUACCGGACGCUCCAGUACACAUUGAGAUAGAUGACUCAUAUGCCUCGGAUGGCAUUGUUGACCCUCCACAAACGGAGGGCGAGUCACGGGCUCCUGGGCCGGAAAAGAAUGGGCGAAAGAGGGCAAGAAAAGUGCGCAAACCCUCCGCACCCAAACCGAGAGGUGUGAAGACGCUCAAGGUGCAACCACCUGAGCGGGAAACACCACCUGGUGAUGCGAAUCCCUCAGUUUCACCUAAGAUUGUGCAGGCAGGGGGUAAAAAGCCCCAGAUGUCUACAUCGAGUGCUACUCAAACUGCGGCGCCUACUCCAAACACAUCUUGUCUUCCAGGGGUACAGGUCGUAGAGGCAGGCAUGGACGUUGAGCCACGGGCUUCUUCGCCUGCAGGACGAAAGAGAAAUCGGAACAGAACUGCCCGUACUCUUCAGACAGGUUCGAAAAGCGUCAAGAAUGACGGGACAAACAAGCUGGAGCCGAAGUC